CUGCAUCACACUCACUCGCCAUCUGGUUUGUUAUUUCUCCUGUUCCCCAGACCAAGCUAUGAUGAUGGGGAAGGUUCCCUCGUUCUCCCCCGGCUCCACAGUGAGCUCCGCUCUGCCCGGCUACGUCACUCUCUGCCUCACUCUACAGGUUCACAGGCUGGUGUCAGCACAGUUCAAAGUGACUGGACCUGACCGUCUAAUCAUUACCUCGCUAGGUGGGGAGGCUGUCCUGCCCUGCCACCUCUCCCCCAGGAUGAGCGCUGAGAACAUGGAGGUGAGGUGGUUCCGAUCCUGGUGCUCUCCAGUUGUGCACCUGUACUGCGAUGGGCAGGAUCAGUAUGGUGAGCAGAUGCUGGAAUAUCGAGGAAGAACUGAGCUCUUGAAAGAAAACAUCAACAAUGGGAGCGUUUUUCUGAGAAUACGUGAUAUCCGACCCUCAGACGAUGGGCAGUACACGUGUUUUUUUCAGUCCAGUGUCUCUUAUGAAGCAGCUUUAUUGGAACUACAGGUGGCAGGUCAGUAACUUGUUCUGAUACUU